AUGGUUGUUGAUAAAACUCUUUACGAUGUUCUCGGAGUUGAUGAAAAUGCAACGACAGAAGAAAUCAAUAGAGCUUUUAGAAGAAAGUCAUUAGAGCACCAUCCAGAUCGUGGUGGCAGCCAUGAAAUGAUGCAGCAAAUCAAUGCUGCUAGAGAAAUCUUGACAGAUCCAAAAAAGCGGGAUAUAUACGACCGUUAUGGAUUAGAAGGAAUGAGAUCAGGCAUGGGUGAAGCCAACUUUGAUACGUCAUUUCCAGGAUUUCCUGGAAACAUUUUUGAUAUAUUUGAUUUAUUCGGUUCCGGAUCAAAUCGUCGUCGACGAACAGCGCCAACGAAAGGCAGUGAUAUUAAACAAGUUUUGAGAGUUUCUUUAGAAGAGUUGUAUUCAGGUAAUACGAGAACAAUAUCAGUCGAUCUGGAUGUGGUUUGUAAAGACUGUAAUGGUACUGGCAGUCUAGAUGGAACAAGUCGUGAGUGCAUAAAAUGUAACGGACAUGGCAUUGAAACUGUAACAUUUCGAAUGGGUCCAAUAAUUCAACAGACUCAGAGCAAAUGUUCAUCGUGCAAUGGUGAAGGUACUAUGAUCAAUUCCAAAAAUUGUUGCAAAAGUUGUCGCGGUAAAAAAGUUAUUCGACAAACGAAGCAUUUGGAUGUAGAUAUAGCACCUGGAAGUCAUGAUGGAGAAACAAUCAAGUUUAGUGGUGAAGGAAAUCAAAUAGUACAUUUUCAGAAAAUAAAUACAUAUAUAUAUAUAUUCCAGCUCAUUCCCACACUCUUAGUCUAUUUUUUUCAGCAACUGGAAGUCAUCCUACCAUCCAAACAGCGAGUAAAAUUGAAUAGUAAAGAACAUUAUGAAGAAGCUGAAAUGACAGAAUGUGAACCAAAACGAAAGAAAUCUCAACAGCCACAUUUUGGAAACGGUUAUCAUCAUCAUGGAGCAGAAAAUGGAGAAGAUGAUGAUAUUCCUAGUCAUCAUCAAGGAGCUCAGUGUCAAACACAAUAG